CCCGUACCAAUAUCAGACUCAUCCAUCUACUACCACCGGAUCUGCUGUGGUCGCAGCAUCGACCACAAUCUCAUUAAACAGGCACACCUGGUGGGCAAGACUUCGUAACGAUGGCCUCAAACACUGCUGAAGCAAUGGCGCAAAUGUCCCUCGUCGUAGAGUUCUCAGGUGGCCUCGAGAUGCUCUUCUCGGACAUACGCCGCCACGCCCUCACUCUGCCUGCCAAGGACAAGGACGGCAGCCCUUCCACUAUUGCAUAUUUGAUACAUCAUCUUUGCGAGCAUGUGAUGAAGGACACCCGCAGGGAGCUUUUCGUCCUGGACGGCCAUCUACGGCCAGGCAUUCUGGUUCUCAUCAACGAUGCGGACUGGGAGCUGGAGGGGGAAGAAGAGUAUGAGCUGAAGAGUGGCGACAACAUUCUCUUCGUAUCAACCCUGCACGGUGGCUAGGCUUUGAACCUGGGCCUGGGCCUGCCGAUACCACUGGGUACAUGUGUACGCACGACACGCCCAAAUCUAUUGUUAGGACAUUAUUUUGUCUACCAGCAGCAAGCUAUUUCCCCACGUCGAGCCUGGAUCGAUAGUGGCUCAGCUGAGCAGGGUGCUCGUCGUCGUCCCAACCACCAGCUCGCCACGGUCCGUACGAUUAACACGAUUCAUGCACCGUCCGGCUUCCGUCAGUGUAGCAUCAAAAGUCUGCAUAAAACGGCAUUUAGAUCUGAGCCGUCUUAUAUUACGGACCCGACUAUUCGACUACCCGCAUAAACCGACAAGUGCAGAUUAGAGUAGAGGGGGACUACAGUCAAGAUGGGAACGGGCCGAGUUUCGUUCGUUUUGACCUACGCCCGAAACUUCUUUUUGAUGCCCAAAACCCCAUGUACGAUAUUUCAAAUUCAAGCCAUGGUACCCUUUAGCGUUGUUG